AUGACUACUGUGCCUCCGAAACAAAAGAAAACCACUCAUACAAGCAUUUAUGUUAGACAAAUUGAUAAUAAAGAAUUGUUUCCUCCAACCAUUUCACCAGUAACAACAAAGUCACAAACAUAUAAUCCAGCUAAAUGGAAAACUUUAAAUCAAUCACUGCUAAAUGCAAAAAGACAACAUAAAAUUGACCAAGACUGGGCAGAAGUUUAUAAUAAUGAAAUAAAUAAAUUGAUCAAACAAUCUAUUCCUGAUAGAUGUAGCACAGAGAUAUCAUGUUGGAGGAAGACUUUCAAUUUGGUUGUGCUUGUAAUAGAAAGUAAUGGUAUUUGUCUUGAAGAUUUUCUUGAAGAAAUAAGAGAUUUGAAUAUUACAUUUAAUUAUCUUCAAGAA